CUGAGCCGCAAACUGCCAGCGGAGGAUCGGAACCAGCUGUGGCCGGAGACCUAGCCUGCAGAAAUCCGGAGCACAGAGGAAAGCCACGGAGAUAGUUUGAACUAAAAUCCGAUGGGUCCAGAAGUUGCUGGAUGCUUUAGCCGGGAACUGCCGUGAACGAAAGGAAUUCAGCGAGCUGGAAGUCAAAUCUAGAAAGUUGGAGGCUAAAUCCUUUCCCGCUCCCACGGCUGUUGGGAGGCGGCGUAACCUACAGCGCAGUCAGGCGCUGAUGGCGGAGGCUGAAGCUAAGGAUUCUGGGAAACGGAACAGCAUGGAGAACCCUAACGAAGAUGGCUUCCCUCUGUCCUCCCUGGCCAACCUGUUUGAGAACGAUGAGGCCAGCGGUGCUGCCGAGCCACCGCGGCCAGCAGCCCGAGAAAAUGGCGAAAGCAACAAACAGAAUCUGAGAUCCAAGUUCCAGGGGGCAUUUAAGAACCGAAUGCCAAAUCCGAUUGACCUUUUGGAAUCCUCCAUCUAUGACUCGUCCAUGCCCAGUAUGGCUCCUGCUCCUAAAAAGGCCCCUAUGGAUUCGCUUUUCGACUAUGGAUCCUACCGGCAGGGCAGUGAUGACAAGCGGAAGAAAAAGAAACCAGCCAAAGAUAAAAACAGCCCAAAGGUAAAAGCUCCUGCACCUGAACCACCUGCAGUUGUGAAGGUCUUUAACAGGGCGCUUCUGUUCGACACUGUGUCGCAGGGAUCCGUUGCUGAAAUGGAUGGGCUGCUUGUCUUUCUACUGAGUCAGAAGAAACGUCUAACAGAUGAGGAAUUUCGAGAACCUUCGACAGGAAAAACUUGCUUACCAAAAGCUCUGUUAAACUUAACCAACGGGAAGAAUGAUACCAUUCCAGUGAUGCUUGAGAUUGCAGAAAAGACAGGAAACCUUCGAGAGUUCAUCAAUGCUCCAUUCCGGGAUGUGUACUACAGAGGCCAGACUGCACUGCACAUAGCCAUCGAGCGCCGGUGCAAGCACUACGUGGAACUACUGGUUGAAAAGGGAGCCGAUGUCCACGCACAGGCCCGAGGCAAGUUCUUCCAGCCCAAGGAUGAAGGUGGAUAUUUCUACUUCGGUGAAUUACCCCUCUCUCUGGCUGCCUGCACCAACCAGCCCGACAUUGUCAACUACCUCACGGAAAACCCAAACAAGGUUGCAGAUUUACGGAGGCAGGAUUCCCGCGGAAAUACCGUGCUCCACGCUUUGGUUGCCAUUGCUGAUAAUACCAGGGAGAACACCAAAUUUCUGACCAAAAUGUAUGACUUGCUCCUCAUCAAGUGUGUCAAGACAUACCCAGACUGCAACCUGGAGGCCAUUUUGAACAACGAUGGACUGUCGCCACUCAAGAUGGCUGCAAAGCUUGGAAAGAUUGGGGUCUUUCAGCACAUUAUCAGGAGGGAGAUAAAGGACGAAAGCGCUCGUCACCUGUCCCGCAAAUUCCGGGACUGGGUAUACGGGCCAGUGUAUUCUUCACUUUACGAUCUCUCGGCAAUAGACACAUGCGGCGAGGAGGUCUCUCUCCUAGAGAUCCUUGUCUACAAUGGAAAGAUGGAGAAUCGUUACGAGAUGUUAGCCGUGGAACCAAUCAAUGAACUGUUCCGUGAUAAAUGGAAGAAGUUUGCAGCUGUGUCCUUCUACCUCAGCGUCAUCUCCUAUAUCACAGCCAUGGUCAUAUUCACCCUGAUUGCAUACUACAGACCAUCGGAAGGCCAACCUCCCUACCCGUACGUGACCUCAGUUGACUACCUGCGAAUGGCUGGAGAACUUAUCACCGUCAUCACUGCCAUCUUCUUUUUCUUCACGAAUGUCAAGGAUUUAUUCCUGAGGAAAUGUCCAGGUGUGAAUUCCAUGUUCAUCGAUGGAUCUUUCCAGCUGCUCUAUUUUAUUUAUUCCAUCCUGGUGUUGGUGUCGGCGGGGCUCUACUUGGCUGGUGAGGAGUCCUACCUUGCUGUAAUGGUGUUUGCUCUGGUCUUAGGCUGGAUAAACACACUAUACUUCACCAGGGGUCUGAAGCUAACGGGAACGUACAGCAUUAUGAUACAGAAGAUUCUGAUUAAAGAUCUUUUCCGGUUCCUUCUCGUCUAUGUACUAUUCAUGAUCGGUUUCACGUCAGCCCUGGUCUCACUGUUGAUGACCUGCCCCAGUGAUGAUAGCAGACUCCAAACGUGUGACAUAACGUCGGAUUCACCAAACUGCACAAGUUCAACGUACCCCAUCUGUCGGGACAACUUAUCAUUCAGCAAGUUCCUGCUGGAGCUCUUCCGACUCACCAUCGGCAUGGGAGACCUGGAUGUCAUCAACAAUGCCAAGUAUCCCAUUGUCUUUGUCAUCCUCCUGGUCUCCUACAUCAUCCUGACCUUUGUGCUCCUGCUCAACAUGUUAAUUGCUUUAAUGGGCGAAACUGUAGGCCAAGUGUCCAAGAAGAGCAAACAAAUAUGGAGGCUUCAGUGGGCUACAACGAUUCUGGACAUUGAGAGAUCAUUCCCCGUUUUCCUGAGGAAAGCGUUCCGCUCCGGAGAGAUGGUUACUGUGGGAAUCAAUUCUGAUGGUACUCCAGACCGUAGAUGGUGCUUCAGGGUGGAUGAGGUUAACUGGUCUCACUGGAACCAGAACGUUGGCAUUAUUAACGAAGACCCCGGCAGGAAUGAUAUCUACCAAUUUGACGGUGGCUUAAACCAAACCAUGGGCCGUCUGCGCCGAGAUCGCUGGUCAACUGUUGUUCCUCGAGUUGUAGAGCUGAAUAAAAGUUCCCGGCCUGACGAUUAUGUGGUCAGAAUGGAGCAUGUUCCCAUGGAAAGGAAGUAUGGAUACAACAAUUUACACCAAAAUAGCCAUGGGAGGAAGGAUGAAACUCAUAUAUAAAUUAUGGCCAGCGUGUACUUCGUUUUAUGAUGGACUAUCAAAGCCAGAAUCAAAUCAAAAACUAAGUAGGGUCUCUUGCAUUUUCCAUUGGUUGCUACAAAAUACACCCUGUCCUUUACCAUGAUCUGCAAGUGGUUCACGACUCUCCAGUGUAUCUUGGAGGCAUUCACUGUUCACCCAAGGCUGUUGGGUGACGUUAUUUGUCAUCCUACUCAAGCCCUUCUGGGUCCAGUGCCUGGAUGAACUGUGAAUCUCUCCAAGCCCGUGGAUCCAUGAUGGAAUAUAAUAAUGGCACGGGCAAUAUAAAAAUGUAAUAAAUAGAAACAUGUCCCUCGUGUGUGUUCCGAUAAGUUCCUGGCUGACCAAUUUACCUCAGUAUUACCUUUCUGCACUUAGCCCCAAUCUCUCAAUUCCCUUAAUAUCUAAAAACCUGUCAACAUCUUUUUAAAUAGAUUUUGUUACAGAGUUCUGGGUGAAGAAAUUCCUCCUUGUCUUUGCCUUGAGAAAAGUUUAUGAGUUGGAAACUUUAUAUCCUCUUGGGCAAAAGUUUGAUGGAAACUGGGUGAUUUUGGUAACAGAUGUCUGGGCCAUUUUUUUCCCAGUGUUUCUGCUGAAUUCGUCCCGAAAAAUUGGGCAAAAUUGCUAAUGGAAGUUUUUAUAAUCGUAAGUGCAGUUUUUAAACAGAUCUUCUGGUGGGAAUCUUGCACUGUGAUUUUGAUUCCUACAAUGCAUUGUACAGGUCACUUAAACUGUGUGUUAUAAUUUAUUAUAUCUGAAUGAAAAGGAGAACCUCAUGGUAUCAGAAGAGGUAAAAAUUUUCAGUGCAAAAUAAUGGCAUUUAAUUAAGUAUUGAUGCUUUUCAUCUUUCUUAAUUGUUUUGUUCUAAAGUCUUCAUAUUACAUUUUCUAUACUUUAGUGUUACAGAAAGGAAGGUGUUGUGCUUGCAGGAUCCCUGGUCUCAGUAGCAGAUACAGGGGGUCAUGGAUAGCAUGACUCAGAAAGAGUUUACCAUGACCAUGGCCCAGCUCUCUCACUGUCCAGGGUAAUCUAUGGUGUUUAAUUGAAUGACCCCAUUGGGACCUGACUUUGUGUUAAGGUUGGUUGGGUCCUCAGGUCUUCGGUCUGAGGACAGAUCAGGCUGGCAGUAACCAUCUGGGUAAAUGGAGAGACUCUUGUUUGAGGGUUGGGGAGCAAGCUUCAAAACGUGGAAACUUAAUGGAGCACCAAUGGCUUGAGAGGGUCACAUCACACUGAGUUCACGGGGUGAGAGGUGAUUGUUGGUGAGGAAUGGAUUGGGUGAGCAGCAAAAACAGGGUCCCCAGUCUUGGAUCAGGAUGUAAUUAUGUAUCUGAGCUGAUCUGUAAUUUUCAGGAACGAUGGUUAAAAUCCUUGUUUGGUCUAAACUUGUCAUUGUACGUUUGGCAUGUGAAUUGUAUUACUGGUGACAAAUGUUACAUUUACAAUGUUGGGAAAGAAUAGAGUCUGAAAAUAGAAAUCACAUUUUAACCCUUUCCAGAAUUAUAGCAAGACCGUUUUUGGGCUGAGAAAUACACAAUCUACAUGGAACCAUAGAACAGUACAGCACAGAAAAGGCCAUUCAGCCCACAAUGUUGUGCCAAAUCAGCAAAAAAGCUAAUUGAUAACACUCAAACACUAAUCCCUCCUACCUACACCAUAUCCAUAUCCCUCCCCCUCCAUCUUCAUCUUCCAUCUCCAUCUUCCUGCAUCUGCCUAUCCGAGCGUCUCUUGAAAGCCUUUACUGUAAUUGCCUCUACAACCCUUUUCAUGCCAUGGACCCCUGUUGUUGAACCAGGAGCCUGUGGAUCCCAGGUUGGGAACCCCAGUCUAGAGCAAUGCCGAUGGGUUGAUAGAAACCUCCUCAGACUCAAACUCUUUGGGAAACUCUGGGAAUUUUUUAAAGUUCCAGUUUCCCCUCAGAGUAAAUAAUUCUGAUUCAUUAAUUUUGCCCAAGUCACUGUUAUGGGCUUCAAGAUUCAGAGCACAGGGGUCAAUCAUUACCAUAGGGCAUAAAUUAGCUUUUCUACCCGCUGCCACAGUGCCGCUCCUUUUAGCUGAGUUGUGCCCAGACCAACAACCGUGCCUUGUUGCUCUGUGAUACGUCACGACUGUUCAGUAUGAUGGAACUUUCCACCAUUCUCGAUUUCCAACUCAUGAGAAAAGGAUUACUCCCACCGAGCCUCGGCUGGUCAUUUGGGAUGCAGCCAAGCUGCAGAGGACCCAUGCUCAAGUCCGUGAAUUACCUUCUAUUUCCAGGGGGUGCAGGAUAAAUAGGAGCAGUUAUCAAUCGCACCGUGUCUGACUGGUCCAGAACGGGCACAGCUAUCUGUGCAAGUGUUUAUUUUAAAAAAUAAAUCUAAUAAAGAUAUGUUU